GACCGAAAUCGGGGGAAGCAUAACAGCGGAAGCGCAGCGCAGACAAGCCACAACAAAACAAAGGAAUCCGCAAAUCCAACACCACACCAGAGGGAGCUCCCAAACCCACCACACGCACCCGCGCGGAAGCGAGAGUGGUAACGAAGCCGCAAGGGAGCUGCGGCCGGUGGUCUGCCUGCGACGACGUAAGACGGCGGCGCGAGGGGAGGUGGCCUGGCGGGACGGGAAGAAUUUGUAGGAGGAACUUCGCGGAAGGGUGGGUGGCGGCGGCGGCGGCGGUGGCCGGUCGACGUCGUGGGCGUCGUCGGUGUCGUCUCUCCUGCGGCUGCUGCUGCGGCGGCGGGGGUUUGGUAAUCGGGCAUGGCGCUGGGGAGCUCGCCGACGCCGCCGGAGAUCCGCUCGCCGGAGCGGGACAGGGCGGCGGAGGAGGAGGAUGCGGCUGCGGCGACUGCGUCGGCGGCGCCGGAGGGCGCAGAGGGGGAGGAGGAGUUCGGGGACGCCUUCGACAUACCCCACAAGAACGCCUCCCACGACAGCUUGCUCCGGUGGAGGCAAGCUGCUCUCGUGUUGAAUGCUUCACGUCGCUUUAGAUAUACUCUAGACCUUAAGAAGGAGGAGGAGAAAGAGAUGAUAAGAAGAAAGAUCCGAGCACAUGCACAAGUUAUACGGGCAGCAUUUCUUUUUAAAGAAGCUGGCGAAAAAGAUCUCAGAGAAGCUUAUACUGGUAUAAAACUUGCAACGGCCUCUCGCAGUUUUCCAAUUGAACUGGAAAAGCUUACAACAUUAAACAGGGACCACAACAGUGUUGUUCUUCAGGAACUUGGAGGAAUUAAGGGCCUGUCAGGUUUAUUAAAGAGUAAUUUAGACAGGGGAAUUAGUCCGAAUGAGGAUGAAUUGCUACAAAGAAGGGAUGUUUUCGGAGCAAAUACAUAUCCACGCAAAAAAAGAAAAAACAUACUGCGUUUUGUGUUUGAUGCAUGCAAAGAUUUAACUCUCAUGAUUCUAAUGGUAGCUGCUGCCAUAUCUCUGACGUUGGGCAUGGCAACAGAGGGUGUCGAGGAAGGCUGGUAUGAGGGUGGAAGUAUUUUCUUAGCUGUUUUUCUUGUGAUACUUGUUACAGCAACCAGUGAUUACAGGCAAUCACUUCAGUUUCAACAUCUGAAUGAGGAGAAACAGAACAUACAAGUAGAGGUUGUUAGAGGUGGUAAAAGAUCUGGAGCUUCAAUAUUUGACCUUGUCGUCGGUGAUGUGGUUCCCCUCAAUAUUGGUGACCAAGUGCCUGCUGAUGGUGUCCUGAUAGCUGGCCAUUCUCUUGCAAUAGAUGAAUCAAGUAUGACAGGGGAAUCCAAAACCGUUCACAAGGAUCAAAAGGCACCAUUCUUGAUGUCUGGUUGCAAGGUUGCAGAUGGCUAUGGUUCUAUGUUGGUAACAGGUGUAGGUGUCAAUACUGAAUGGGGCCAGUUGAUGGCUAACCUUUCUGAAGAUAAUGGUGAAGAAACCCCGUUGCAGGUGCGCUUGAAUGGUGUUGCUACUUUUAUUGGUAUGGUGGGUCUGUCAGUAGCUGGUGUUGUGUUUGGCGUGCUUGUGAUAAGAUAUUUUACUGGGCAUACCAAGAAUCCGGAUGGGACUGUUCAAUUUCGGGCUGGAACUACUGGUGGCAAACAUGGACUUAUGGGGGCAAUUAGAAUUUUGACAAUUGCUGUUACAAUCGUAGUUGUUGCUGUGCCUGAGGGACUCCCAUUGGCGGUAACAUUGACUCUUGCCUAUUCAAUGCGAAAGAUGAUGCGAGACAAAGCGCUGGUGCGACGGCUCUCAUCAUGCGAAACAAUGGGAUCAGCAACUACAAUAUGUAGCGAUAAGACAGGAACUCUCACCUUGAACAAGAUGACAGUUGUCGAAGCAUAUUUUAUUGGUACAAAGUUGGAUCCUUGUGAUGAUGUGAGGGCAACCUCACCCAGUGCAUUAGCACUGCUUGUUGAAGGAAUUGCACAAAACACUACAGGAACUGUAUUUGUGCCAGAGGAUGGGGGAGCUGCUGAUGUUACAGGUUCACCAACUGAGAAAGCCAUUCUUUCUUGGGGUCUUAAGAUAGGGAUGGAUUUCAGUGAUGUUCGGGCAAAAUCUUCAGUUCUUCAUGUUUUCCCAUUUAACUCGGAGAAGAAACGUGGUGGUGUUGCAGUACAGUCAGAUACUGGGGUCCACGUCCAUUGGAAAGGUGCAGCUGAGCUAGUGCUAUCAUCUUGUAAAAGUUGGCUUUCUCUGGAUGGUUCAGUCCAGACAAUGAGUGCUGGGAAGCGUAAUGAAUACAAGAAAUCAAUUGAAGACAUGGCGAAGAGUUCAUUAAGAUGUGUUGCUUUUGCGUACUGUCCUUGUGAGCCUGAAAUGAUCCCGAAGGAAGACAUAGCUGAUUGGAAGUUGCCUGAGGAAGACCUGACUCUGCUUGGAAUCAUGGGCAUAAAGGAUCCGUGUCGCCCAGGAGUGAGGAAUGCUGUGCAGUUGUGCAGAAAUGCUGGUGUAAAGGUGCGCAUGGUCACGGGAGAUAACAUUGAAACAGCUAAAGCAAUAGCUUUGGAGUGCGGAAUACUAGAUGCAAAUGGUGUUAUUUCAGAGCCAUUUGUAAUAGAGGGAAAAGUGUUCCGCGAGAUGUCUGAAAUUGCAAGAGGGGAGAUUGCUGACAAGAUAACUGUCAUGGGAAGAUCAUCUCCAAAUGACAAACUUUUGCUUGUCCAAGCUUUGAAACGGAAGGGACAUGUUGUAGCUGUCACUGGUGAUGGCACCAAUGAUGCUCCUGCAUUGCAUGAGGCUGAUAUAGGUCUUGCAAUGGGCAUGUCAGGGACAGAAGUUGCUAAAGAAAGCUCUGACAUCAUAAUCUUGGAUGAUGACUUCACAUCUGUUGUCAAGGUUGUUCGCUGGGGACGCUCUGUCUAUGCAAAUAUUCAGAAAUUCAUCCAGUUCCAGCUUACUGUCAAUGUUGCUGCACUUGUGAUUAAUGUAGUUGCAGCUGUGUCAUCUGGUGACGUGCCUCUAAAUGCUGUUGAGCUUCUCUGGGUGAACCUUAUCAUGGAUACACUGGGAGCUCUAGCUUUAGCAACUGAACCACCAACAGAUAACCUUAUGAAGAGACAGCCUGUUGGUCGAAGGGAACCUCUUGUAACAAAUAUUAUGUGGAGAAACCUGUUCGUCCAGGCCAUUUACCAAAUAGCAAUCCUUCUUAUCUUUGAUUUCUCUGGAACAAAGAUUUUGCGGCUGCAGAAUGAGAGUCAAGAUAACGCUGAGAAAAUGAAGAACACAUUUAUCUUCAACACCUUUGUGUUUUGCCAGAUAUUCAAUGAAUUCAAUGCGCGCAAGCCUGAGGAAAGAAAUGUCUUCAAAGGAGUAACGAAGAACCACCUCUUCAUGGGAAUAAUUAUUGUAACCACUGUAUUUCAGAUACUAAUAGUUGAGUUCCUUGGGAAGUUCUUCAAAAUUGUGAGACUUAAUUGGAGACUAUGGCUAGUUUCAGUUGGUAUUGGCCUCGUGAGCUGGCCUCUUGCAUAUCUGGGGAAAUUCAUUCCUGUUCCUGUGAGACCUCUCCAGGCCUACUUCAAGCCUAUUCCUUGUUGGAAAUCAUCACGCCGAGAUGAAGAGGAGGGCGGUCAGGGCUAAAAAAAAAAUGCAGCAGGUUAUCUUCUGUAAAUAGACAUGGGUGAACCAAAGAAGAAGGCACAUAUACUGACUCUCUGAAGGAGAGAGCAGAGCUGCGAAUUUUUUUUCUACAGGAGAUGCAGGGAAAAACCUGUGCAGAGGCCAACACCCCUGUGCUAAAAGCUUUUUGCAUGCAGGCAGGCAUGCAGGCACAGGUCAAAGUGCAACCCGUUGCUGCUGCUGAUUAUUAUGGGGGCUUCGGAUGACACAGGUUAAUAUGAAAUUAUAAAUCGUAAUCCUACCUGGGAAGAUAAUUGCUAACAUUGCCACGAAAGUGAUUGGUCGCGAAUGUUUUAUAACCAUGGAAUGGUCGCAUUUUUGUGUUGCAAAUAAGGUUGAUAUGGGCUAGAACAGUACAUUGUAGGAUUCGUGCUUGGGAUGUUCCACCUUUCUUUCUUGUUUUGUUAAGUUGGCUAGAUUGAACAAGCAAUAAGAUAGCCAGGGGUUUCCUUGUGGCUGAACUUAGCCUGCAGUUUUAUCUUCAAAUUCUCUCGA